ACCUUUGAAGUGUUAUAUACACCUCGAUGGUCCAUACUUGCGAAAGACUGCUAGUCAAAUCCCGACCGGAAUCGUCCGGAAUUCUGUUCAACACUGGGCCCCGUUGCAGACACUUGAUUUGCGCUCCUGGUGUAGGGAUUUAUAUUUUUCUUCUUUUCCUGCUAUAGGGUGAAGAUGCUGAAUUUAAACCGGUUCAAAUAUGAUAAAGGUGGAAGCGAAUUGGAAUCGCCUGUAAAAGUUGGUUUCACUCCUGACAUAAUUCCAGAAACACCACCGAUGAAGUGCAAUAAUGAGCAGAAGGCUGCUACAAGUGGUUUGAAAAGAAAGAGGAAGUUUGACUUGAGUUCAGAUGAAGAAGGCUCUGAGAGUGUUACACAGCUUUAUAAGAAGACAAGGAUAACUCAUUUCAUGCAAAACAAAUCUGAUAUAGUGAAGAAAAAAACCAAUGACUUCAUAUCACCGGAUUCUGGUUCUGAUGAAAAUGAUGAUGAAGGAACUAAUUGUGCUGAAAGCAAUAAAAAUUUAUCGCCAAAAGAGGUAGUAGACUUAAUUCAAGCAGAUGAUCGUUUACCAACAUUGAGACAGAUAUUUCCAGAGUAUAGUGAAGAUGUUUUAGAUAAAGUUUGUGACUUAACUUUCACUAUUGAUGGAGCAAUAACAAUAUUAACUCGGAAAAGAUCGGAAGACAUCAAAAACCAUCAAAGUGACUCUCAACAACAUGGCAAUCUGUCUCAAGAUAGCAAUUCGUAUGAUUCACCUUUAUUUGUACCUAAGAGAAAGAACUGUUUGCGACUUGAUAGUGAAGAAAAACAUUAUCCUGGAGACGAAACUGAACAUAUAUCCAAAAAGAGUGCUGCCAAGAGAUUAGGACUUAGCAGCAGCAGUGAAUCAGAAGGUGAAGAAAAUAGCUCACAACCGAGAGGACCUUUUCCAAGAUUAAAUUGUGUUGUUACUAACGGUAAUGAAAUUGAAAAAUCAGAUUCUGAGGAAGUUUCAGGUGAAAAACUUACAAAUGGAACAUCAGAUGAUCUCAAGGAGAAUGGAGUACCAGGGUUUUACUCAAAGAAAAACAAAGCAUGGAAAACACAAAAAGAUGCCAAGAAAUUGCACAAAGAACCCAAGUCAUUUCUUCAUGAGAGCUUAACAAUGGACAAUGCCACUGAUGAAAAUUUUAAUGCUGAUUUUGAAUCGGGUUCCUCGUCAGAUGAUGAAUUUGAAGAAUUUGGGAGUAAAAGAAAGAAAAAUAUUUUGGAAUUUUUCCAGGAUUCUAGCCUAGAUGAGUUGAUGACAGUUCAUACUUGCAGUCAGAAGAAGGCAGAGAUAAUCACAGGACUACGACCUUUUAAAUCCUGGAAUGACUUACUAAAAAAACUUGCCGACUCCAAACGUGUGAGUACUGAUCUCAUUCCUCACUGUGCCGACCUACUCAAGGAGAGAGUCAUACUUCAAGGAAUUUUAAAAGAAUGUCAAAGUAUCUCCAACAGACUUGCUUCUGAAAUAGAAAAAUUACACUGCCAUGAUCACAUGACUGAAGGAAAUACAUUGAUGAAUUCUCCAAGCACCAUUCCAUCACACCUCAAAUUAAAGCCUUAUCAGCUGGUUGGUUUGAACUGGUUGACGUUGCUACACAGAAAUAAAGUUAAUGGUGUUCUAGCUGAUGAGAUGGGUCUCGGAAAAACAGUACAAACUAUUGCAUUUCUUGCUCAUCUAUUGGAAACUGAUCCGAACACUGGGCCUCAUGCUAUAAUUGUUCCCAGUUCUACCUUAGACAAUUGGUGUCGAGAAUUUUCGCUGUGGUGUCCGUCAAUGGAAGUUGUUGUAUAUCGAGGUAGUCAGCAAGACCGGCGAACUACAAGAGUCCAGAUUUUGAGGGGAAUAAAAACUGCCAAUGUUAUUCUUACUACAUACAACUCUGCCAUCAGCACUUCAGAAGACAAAUCAUUCUUCCGUAAACUUGACAUAGAAUAUGCAGUAUUUGAUGAAGGACAUAUGUUGAAAAAUAUGUCUUCACAAAGAUAUGUGCAAUUGAUGAAAAUAAAGGCAGCAAGAAAGAUUUUGUUGACCGGAACACCUUUGCAAAACAAUCUUCUUGAAUUAAUGUCACUAAUUCGAUUUGUUAUGCCUCAUAUGUUUGAACAGACGACUGAUACUCUUGUUCGAAUUUUUACCAUGUCCAAUUCUGACAAAAAGGGGAAAUUUGCUAAAGAAAGAAUAAAAGAUGCAAAAGAUAUCAUGCAACCUUUUGUACUGAGAAGAUUGAAAGAUGAUGUUCUGAAACAACUUCCAAGUAAAGAAAGUGAAUUAAUUUUAUGUGAAAUGACUAAAGAUCAGAAAAAACUUUAUGAAGAAACAAAGGAACGAUUUCGAUUAAAACUCAAUAAACAAUCUGCCUUUGAAAUGAAAAGUGCCUUCAUAGAAUUACGGAAAGUUGCAAAUCAUCAAUUUUUGAGGAGAAACUUGUACACGACUGAUAUGCUUGUUAAAAUGGCCAAACUUUUGAAAAAGGAACCUGAAUAUUACGAUUCACAAGAGUCGUUGAUUGUGGAAGACAUGACUGUCAUGACGGAUUUUGAAAUUCAUCGAUUCUGCAAAACAACACCUUGUAUAGGACGUUAUGCUCUUGAUGACUCAAAAAUAUUAGACACAGGAAAAUUUAGAAAAUUGGAUAAAUUAUUGCCUGAUCUAGAAAAGAAGGGAUAUCGUGUUGCAAUAUUCAGCCAAUUUACAAUGAUCAUGGAUAUCAUAGAACAAUACCUCAAUUUUAGGAAACAUAAAUUUGUUCGACUUGACGGAAGCACACCAGUAAAUAUAAGGUUGGAUCUCAUCGACCAAUUCCAGUCUGAUCCAUCCAUAUUGGUAUUCCUGUUGUCCACAAAAGCUGGAGGCUUAGGAAUCAACUUGACAGCGGCAAAUGUAGUUAUAUUACAUGAUAUUGAUAUGAAUCCAUACAAUGACAAACAAGCCGAGGAUAGAUGUCAUCGUCUUGGACAAACAAAGAAUGUAAAAAUUAUGAAACUCAUAAGUAAAGAUACUAUUGAAGAAGGAAUGCUAAAAAUGGCUGAAAAUAAAUUAAAAUUAGAGCAGCAAAUGACAUCGAAUUCGGAUGACAGCAGUGACAUUGCAUCUUUACUGAAGAAAACUUUAUCUAAAUGAGAUGUUUCAUGUUCAUUGAAGUUGUUUCUGAUUUUUUUCUAUAUCAGUUUUUUCUCGCCCAUCCAUUUGUUCUUCUUUCCAUCUUUGGGCCAUGUAUGAAUCGGCAUUGCUUUUUUCUAGUUUAUGUUCUUAGUGACAACACGACAUUUGCUUGCUUGCCAAAUAGCUGGUUCAAUGUCAUUCUUUUAGUUAAUUGCUUAACCACUGGAUUCAUUUUUCGCUGACCGUUAAUUAUUUUUGUAAAUAGAUUUCUAGUAAGUUGGUAGAACAACCCUAAUGUGGUUAUGAAUAGUUAAUAUUUUUACAGUACCAGACAGUAAAAUUAUGAUUACGUUUGGCUUAAGUUUACGUUUAAAAUGUACAGAGGCCUCAAUACAUCUUCUUUUUUUUGCAACUCUCAUUUCCUACAAUCACCUUCUUUACAUAAUGCACAUUGUUCUUUUUAAUUGAGUUUUGUUGUUUUUCUUCCUACUAAUAACCUGCAAUCAUGCAGAGAAUACACA